AUGACAGCUAGCGACAAACGAUUGCUCAUUUCAGCACCUGGCAAGGUCAUUUUGUUUGGUGAACAUGCCGUUGUGCAUAAAAAGCUUGCCGUGGCUGCAUCGCUUGGGUUACGCACCUAUCUCGACGUGACAGAAAACACGAGUGGCGAAUGCCGUUUGAAGCUUCCCGAUGUGCAAGUCGAUGCCACAUGGUCGUUGUCACAAUUGGACAUUGCCGUGGAACGUGAAUUGCUUGAACAACAGCAUCCAUCCGACAUGCCAGACACGUUGAAACAACAAUUGGAGACGCUUAUGGGAGAGACGACCAGUGUGGCUCAAAAGCAAGCUGUGAUGGCCUUUCUUUAUCUAUACAUUCUUCUAAAGAACGACAACAAAGGCAGCAACUUUGGUCUUGUUAUUCGUGCACGAUCCACCUUGCCUGUUGGUGCUGGAUUGGGUAGUUCGGCCAGUUUCUCAACGGCUUUGGCCACUACCUUGUUGAUGGUGUUUGGUCAUCUCCCCGAGGCAUUUGCUACCAGUGAACAAAAGGACCCUGCUUGGUUGGAAACCAUCAAUCGAUAUGCCUUCAAGGCUGAACAAGUGAUCCAUGGCAACCCAAGCGGAGUGGAUAAUGCAGUGGCAACAUUCGGAGGUGCCUUGUCAUUUCGACGUGGUGAAGGAUUCUCUCAAUUGGAAGGCUGCAAGUCUCUACGAUUGUUGCUCACCAACACCAAAGUCCCUCGUUCCACAAGUGCAUUGGUUGCUGGCGUCGGUGCCAAAAAGACAAAGUAUCCAGCCGUGGUCGAUCCUAUGCUUGAUGCCAUCGAUGGUAUCUCCUUAAGAUGUGUCGAGGUAUUCAAACGUUUACAAACAGGUGAAAUGGAUACACACAAAGUCACUGCUGAGCUGGAGGAAUUGGUGGAUAUCAAUCAUUGUCUAUUGCAUGGUCUUGGUGUUAGCCAUCCUAGCCUGGAAACAGUGCGUUCAGUUACCGAAGCACAUGGUGUUAAGACCAAGUUGACGGGUGCAGGUGGUGGUGGUUGUGCAGUGUCGAUUAUCCGAGAUGAUAUCUCUGAGGAAACUUUGAAUGUCGUAACAAAGGAAUUGCAGACCCAUGGCUAUGAUUGUUAUCAAACUUCUUUGGGAGGCGUGGGUGCCAGUGCUUCCAUCUUGAGUGAUAUCCAAGACGAGGCAUGGAUUGAAUCGGCAGAUCGUCAUACUCUAGAAAAGUUGGUGGCACGUCCUUGA